UCCAGCGUGCAUGAAAGAACUUCCAAAAUCGCUCCAACUUCCAAGAACUUGAAGUUGGAGCUGGUGGUGGCGUUGGCCCUGAGAGAAAUUGCAUGGCGCAUGGGUGCCGUAUCAACCGGAUGCUCUGAAAGAAACCUUCAAUCCAGACAGAGGCCAAGGCCGCUUGUGUUUUGCCAAAAAUCGCCGACCCUCAGGAAGGCGGUGGAAGCUUUUCAAAAGCGCGAUCAUCUACCGCUCACCAACUGUCAAUCCACGAACAACAUAGAAGCACCUUUGUGUUUAGCUGUUCACUCGUCUGUUCUGCAUCAGGUCUGCAUACGAGGAUGGCUUGGCUAGAGGGGAGCCAGGUGGUGUUUUCAUCGAUCCGCCGCGCGUUACAGAUUGCCGUGAUACACCCAAGCUUUGGGCCGCCGUUACGAGAGAAGGUGGCUGCGGUUCCGUCCCUUCAUCUAAGGAGGUGGUUUGCAGAAGCAGUCCGUGUGGAAAGUUUCACGGACGAUGAUACUGUGCACAUAACCGAAAGCUGCGCUCAGCGUUUGAAAGAGCUCCAACAGGAGGAGGGCGUGUCGCCUGACCAGUUGAUGCUGCGGCUCAGCGUCGAGGGCGGGGGAUGCUCGGGCUUCCAAUAUUCCUUUAGUCUAGAUAGUAAAUUGCAGCCUGACGACAGAGUGUUUCGACGAAACGGCGCGCAGCUUCUCGUGGACAAGGUCUCGUACGCUUUCGUCAAGGGGGCGACCGUCGACUUUUCCGAAGAGCUCAUCCGAUCCGCAUUUACGGUUGUCGACAACCCAAAUUCAACGUCGGCGUGUGGGUGUGGGACAUCAUUCGCCGCCAAGUAGAGGUUCCAUAAUGGUCGCAGACACGGGUUCUCACGUCAUUGAAGGUCAUCGAGUUGCUUCAAUGACACAUUCUUCAUAGACAGAGAGAUUGUAAAUAUGUAAAGCUUCCAAUGCCAUGAGUCAGCAACCUAGAUCGAUAUCUGCGGUACACUAUCGACAGGCAUGGUAACUUCCAAUCCGUUAACGCCCUUGGCCGCCAUGGAGCCGUGGAGCAUGGUCUCCGUUACGGCCG